AUGACUGGGUUGACCAAGCUGCUGCAUUUGGACAAGAAGAAGCAGAAGCGGAAGUCUUCCGCUUCUGCUUCUGCUUCCGCUUCUCCUACUUCGAAGCCUGACGUUUCUCCCAGGAAAAUCCAUACCCCCGAACCAGUACCGCAUGCACAUAGGCCCACCGUGGUGCUGCCGGAUGUGUCCUCGCUUAAGAGCACUCCGAUGCACAAGACCCGGAGCAACUCCACCUAUAACAGCAACGGCAACAACUCCCACGGACUUGAUCCCGCUGAGCCCGGGUUCCUGAACAUCCCUAUCUUCAUGGACAUCACAAAUGUGUCUGACCAGGAGACACACGCGGGUGACAAAGCGCCCUCGGCUGCGGGCGAUGCGAAGCUUGUGAGGCCCGAGAUAGUGACGCAGUUGACUAGCAAGCAGGGCAGCAUCACACCGGGCCAUACUGACAACCAGUUCUUUGACACGCUGGUGAAGAUGGCCCAUGAGGCGUCCGUCUCAGCAGGCGAGAGUGCCACUUCUGCUCUGCGAAACGUUACCAACAAUGUAGCUCACCUCGCCCUCCCAGCAGAUGCCAAGGACUCACACUCACAGCAGAACUCAAGGGAGAAUUCACAGGUAAACUUGCAGGAGCACCACCAACAAAAUCAACAAGAGUCUCACAGCAAGUCCGAUGCCCACAGCAAAUCCGAUGCCCAUAGUCACCUCAGCGUGGCAUCGCACGAAACUGACGAUGCAUCAAAGCAUAGCAAGAGGAACAGCAGAGAGUUCUUGAAAAGCUUGGACAACAUGCUUGCCGAGAACGGUCAAGCUGCGGGAGCAGUUCCUGGUAACUUCCCCAACGAGUCCAGGGACUUGCAAAGGGCUGUCAACGAACAGGAUCAAAAGGAGAAUGUAGAUGCUGCUGUAGCUCCAGAAGUCACAGAGGAUGGCCACAGAGUUGCUAAAGUGGAACCUCUCAGGGAGAAAGAAUUGAAUAACUCACCGUUGGCCAAUAAAUCCAGACAACAAACCACUGAUAAUGGAAAGUCAAAGUCGUGCUUCGUGGAGGCUAUGUUUAACACGCCAAACAUCGAUCCUGCCGCAAAGGCUAAAGAGGAACACAUGAAAUCACAUAGAGCUCAGACCGAAGUAAACCGCUCCACUGGCGACAUAUCAAUAGACUCCAGAGGCGCUUUACGGGCUGCUACCACAAGCUCCCCACGUAGACAUAGUUCAUCUAUAUCCUCAGAGAAGAAUAAUGGUCACAGUAAUCAUUCCCCACAUUACCACAGCCCAUUACAUGACAGCGGUGCAGAAAUAGAACAGAGACAUUCCAUUGAUGUACCAUCCAAUGCUGGAGGUGGAGACCACAGGUCAAGAAGCCUGUCCAAGACUAUAUUGGGCAGAAGGUCAUUCUCUCCUAAUUCCAUGGGUAUGAACUCAUUGCCCUCGAGUGCUAUUAGAUAUUCCAUCAGUAAAGUCAAGAAUGCCAUUGAUAUCACCGAUAGCUCAUCAGGUAAACCAAGAAGCAGUUUUGCUGAUUCCAUUAAGUCUAGUUCCUCAACUGGUACCAACCCAGACGGAACGAGAGUUGAUUUAGAUACAGAGAGCAACCAGGGCCCAAUAAAACUAAAAAAUAUGAAAUAUGCAUCAGAUAGGAAGAACAAAGAAUUCCAUUCCAUGUUUAAAAACUCUAAUAUCAACCCAGAGGAGAAACUGAUAAGUGAACAAAGCUGCGCGCUAUCACGUGAUAUUCUACUACAAGGUAAAUUAUUUAUUGCCGAGGAGCAUUUAUGCUUUUACUCAAAUAUUCUGGGCUGGACAAGCACUGUUGUGAUUGCCUAUAAAGAUAUCGAUCAAAUCGAGAAGAAGACAACUGCUGGUAUUUUCCACAAUGCUAUAGCUAUUGAUACACCAGAUGCCAAAUAUCUCUUUGCAUCAUUUCUCUCUAGAGAUAGUACUUUCGAUCUUUUAACUGAUAUUUGGAAUCAAAUUGUGAUAGGUAUGAGGCUAAGAGAAAAGGGCAACAAAGGUUCAAUGUCGGAUGAUUCUGAUUCUGAUUACGAUGACUCAAUGUCUGAGAGUGAACUAUCUGAUGGUGAAAUGGAUUCAACAGCUAAUAAUGAUCAACAAACAGAACAAACUGAGCUGGACUCAACUCCUUCAGGUACCAUCGAUAAGCCAAAGAAGAGUAAAAGUAAAACCAAAUCUGGCAGUUCCUCAUUUGGUCCGGAACAGCAUGAACCCACUACUGCAGAUUAUCAACCGGCGUCAGGUGAGAAGAUGAUUAAUAAAACUAUAAUUAAAGCUCCAAUGGGUAAGGUGGCUCAUAUUCUCUUCGGUGAUGACACAAGUUAUUUGGUUAGUAUUUUGAAGGCUCAGAAAAAUUAUGAUAUUUCUGCUAUUCCUAAAAUAUUAGAGACAAAGAAGCGUGAUUAUCAAUAUACAAAACCCAUAUCUGGAUCUAUUGGUCCAAGUAAAACGAAAUGUAUUAUCUCUGAGACCUUAGAAACUUACGAUCUGGAUAGCUCAAUUAAAAUGGUACAAAUGACUAAAAAUCCUGAUGUUCCAUCUGGUAACUCUUUCGUUGUCAAAACAACAUUCUUACUAAAUUGGGCAGCUGAUAACUCAACUGAAUUCCGUGUAUAUGUGGGUGUUGAAUGGACUGGUAAGAGUUGGAUCAAAGGUGCUAUUGAGAAGGGUACCUUUGAUGGUGUUACCGACACAACUAAGACAAUGGUCAAUGAAAUUAAUAAAUACUUACCAAAACUGACGUCAAGCAAUGCAGAAGAAGAAUCCGAACCAUCAGAAGGAGAAGAAGAAGAAGUAGAAGAAGUCAUAGAGAUUUUAGACUUACCACAUCAAGGUCCUCUUGUUCAUGAAGCUACAAAGGCAAAUGUUGAAAAGACAAAAGAUGAUGUUGUUAUUGAGCAAAAUGUAAAAUUACCAGCUCCAUUAGGCACUUGUUUUGAACUAGUGUUUGGUAAAGACACUUCCUAUAUUAAGAGAAUUACUGAGAAUCAAAAUAACUUUGACUUGUCUGAGAUUCCUGGCUUCAGCAAUAACAAGAGAGAAUUCACAUAUACAAAGAGGUUGAACAACUCAAUUGGGCCAAAGCAAACAAAAUGUCUUAUUACAGAAACGAUUGAACAUAUGGAUAUCAAUAACUAUAUCAUGGUUAAACAAGUCACUAAAACUCCAGAUGUCCCUUCAGGAAAUAGUUUUGCUGUUCAUUCUUGCAUAUAUAUGUCCUGGGGUCCUGGAAAUUCUACAUUACUAACUGUUGUAUCUAAGGUGGUUUGGAGUGGGAAGAGUUUCUUGAAAGGUGCAAUCGAAAAGGGAUCAAUUGAUGGACAAAAGGGUUCUGUUAGCAUUUUAAUCAAGGAACUAAAGGAUAUAAUUUCUUCUGCAGGUACUACUAAGAAGAAAAUUAAAUCAAAGAAAUCAAAGAAAUCAAAGAAAGCUCCAAAGGCUACAGAACCUGCACCAGUUGUCGAGUCACCAGAAGAAGAGGCAACAGAGGAAACACAAGAGUCUGAAUCAUCAUUAGUAUCAUCCAUUAUGGAUAAACUCAUGGAUUUUGAUAUAACAUCUCCUUUUGGAAUUGCUAGUGUUCUCAUCAUAUUAGUCAUAGUGAUAUUAUUCUUUAAGGCAAUAUUCUGGCGUUCAAGCAUAGAACCAAGAAUGCAAUUCAUGAGACCUGGAAGAAUUAUUAUUGAUGGCUCCGAGUACAACUACGUUCCUAGUUUCAAGACACUUUACGAAAUGUAUGAAGACGAUAUUCGUAAAAGUAUCAAGAAUAAGCAAUAUUACAAGAAUAAUAUUAUUCUUGAAUCUGAAAAGACGAUAUGGGACUGGGUCAACGAUAGAGGCAAUGAAUCAACGCAUACUAACAACGCCCAUGCUUCUACAUAUGAUAAGAAGAAGGUCGAAGAGCUUGAAGAAACUAUUAAACUCACGGAACUGCAACUGGAACAAAUGAAGCAGUUAUUGAAGAAACAGGCUCAUGGUUUAUUAUAA